CCCUCCUAUUUGUUCAUUCGCUAGGUUGGCUCACUGUGGCUGUAUUCCAAGCCUGACCCGUUCGCCAGAAUUCUCUCAUGCUUGCUCGUACCGUAGGCUUACUUCCUGGAUGGGAGUAUGGGAUAUUUCCCGCAGUGCUUUUGCUAAACUCACUAUCGUUUUAAGUGAUGCAUUGAGAUAUCGAUGACUGGACGAUUUAUUGGUCAAAAUUUGACACUUGGAUACUUUUGCUGUAAUUAAACUGACUCUUAGCGCAAGGAUCAAUGUCCUUCGAAAAUGUAGCUUAGAGUAAGCCUGGUGCAUGUGGCCGAGUCUGUCAGAAUUUUUCCUUUGGUGCAUAAGACUAUUUCUCGAUGCAAAUGCUUGUACAUUUUCCAUCAAGGCAUUCAGUAUCUGACGUUACAGUUUCGUUCACGCUGCAUUUGUUAACUUGAUUUCAAUUGUAAUCAAGUUUAUGUAAUUUUUGAACAUCAAACUUUGUCACCCUUUGCCUUGUUGCUCUCGAUGAGUAUUCAGACAUGCGGAGAAUACUGGAUUCGAGUUUCUGGUGGAUCGUGCCCUUAAUUUUUUCAACCUUGACGAAACCUACGGACAGUCACCCUGCUCCACAGGGUGGCCAGCCCGGGUCCGUGGGAGAGAAGGCUCAUGGGAGCCCUGGCAUGAGGAGGGAGAGGAGAGCUACAGCAGAUCACUACUGGGCAUAUUCAGGGAACCAUGGGCCAGGGCGCUGGGCCUUAACCUACCCAGAGUGUGGGGAGACUUACCAGUCACCUGUGGACAUUGUGGAUCGGGAGGCCCAGGUGUCACAGGAGUGCCAGGAACUGACACUGGAUGGUUUCUCUGAAGAGUCCUCCAACAGGACCUCCAUGAAGAACACUGGGAAGACAGUGGCCAUCAUGCUGAAGGAUGACUACUUUGUGAGGGGAGCGGGCCUGCCUGGGAGGUUUAAGGCAGAGAAGGUGGAGUUCCACUGGGGCCAGAACAACGGCUCUGAGGGCUCUGAACACAGCAUCAGUGGCAGGAGGUUCCCAGUGGAGAUGCAGAUCUACCUGUAUAACUCUGAUGAUUUUGAAAGCCUCAAUGCUGCCAUCAAGGAGAAACGCAUCAUAGCGGCCAUGGCAGUCUUCUUUGAGGUGGGGCGGAGAGACAAUCCAGCUGUGGACCCCAUCAUCCAGGGACUGAAGCGGGUCGUACACCAUGAGAAGGAGACAGUCCUCAGCUCGUUCAUCCUGAGGGACCUGCUGCCUUCCUCCCUGACCAGCUACUACCGCUACACAGGCUCUCUCACCACCCCUCCCUGCAGCAGGGUGGUGGAGUGGAUCAUCUUCUCCAGGCCUGUCUUCCUGUCCCAUUCACAGCUGGAGGCCUUCUACUCCAUCUUCACCACAGAACAGCUGGACCACGUCAAGUCCGUGGAGUACCUGAGGAACAACUACAGACCCCUGCAGCACCUGGACAACCGAAAUAUCUUCAAGUCCUCUGUGCAGGAUGCCUGGCAGAGGGACCUGACAGACGUCCUGGUGAAUCCCCACGCCACUGAGGCCACCAGAGUGUGCAGCAGCGCUCCUGUCAACAUGAAGAUCAAGCCCAUGAACCGGACAGCGCUGGUGGUGAGCUGGGAAAGGCCACGGACCAUCUACCACCCCCCUAUCCUCAGUUAUAUGGUCUCCUACAGCUGGACGAGGAGUGAGGAAGCGUCCGAGAAGACCUUCCACAAGACUGGAGAGCAGAGCAUGAAAGCAAUGGUGACCCACGUGUCUCCAGACAUCCUGUACCUGUUCAGAGUGCAAGCCGUGUGUCAGCAGGACCUGCGCAGCGACUUCAGCCAAACCCUGCUCUUCAGCGCAAACACCACCAGGAUAUUUGAAGGGUCACGAAUUGUCAAACCUGGAAUGCCCACCGUGUCUCCAGCCUCGUCUGCAGACAUGGCUCCCAUCAGCUCCGGCUCUUCCACCUGGACCUCCUCCGGCCUCCCCUUCUCCUUUGUCUCCAUGGCAACGGGCAUGGGCCCCUCCUCCAGUGGUAGCCAGGCGACAGUGGCUUCUGUGGUGACCAGCACUCUCCUGGCAGGGCUGGGCUUCAGUGGGGGGGUCAUCUCCUCCCUCCCUGGCUCCCUCUGGCCCACGCAAGCCCCAGCCACCAACAGCCGGGCCACCCGCCAACCCGCCCAGCCGGCUCCCUCCACCCCUGAACCAGCCGGCCCCAACGGCUCAGACACAGACACCCCCGCUGAGGAGCACGAGGUGAGUCGGCAGGACGAGGGAGAAGAGGGAGAGAAGGAGGAAGGAGAGGAAGAGGAGGGGGAGGAAGACAGGAAGAAGAAGAAUAAGAAUGCCUCCGAUGAGGUGACGGAGACACAGCUGAAUAGCACAGUGGCAAAAGAGUCGGCCAUCCCUAGUCCCACGUCCACAGCCAAAGAGAAAGAUGAAGGGAAAGACCCUGCGUCCCGGACGACUACAGCGCCCCCCAGUUCAGAGGAGGACCAGCUGGUCAACGUGGUGAAGAAUACUCAGGAGUUCAACAAUGACACAACAGAGAUGCAGAUUCCCCAAAGCCCCACCCGCUCUCCUAAAGGGAGCGACGAAGAGAAAAAACGCUGGCCUUUCUCUGUCCAACCUGACAGGACUGGCGUGUCCAAUAUGACCCGGAGCCCCCAUCCUGGGAUGGGCCGUGUGGAGUGGCUCGUGCCCCUGGUGGUGGUGUCUGCCCUCACCCUGCUCUGCCUCGUCAUGCUGCUGGCUGUCCUGGUCUACUGGAGGAGGUUUUUCCAGACCGCUCAUUUCUACGUGGAGGACUGUAGCUCUCCAAGAGUAGUCGCCAAUGAGAACAUACCUGUUAUCCCCAUUCCAGAUGACAUGGAUGCCGUCCCAGUGAGGCACUUCAUCAAACACAUCAUGGAGCUUUAUUCUAACAACCUCCAGGGCUUCGCUGAGGAGUUCGAGGAGGUUCAGCGCUGCACAGCAGACUUGAAGAUCACAGCCGAGCAUUCCAAUCACCUUGACAACAAGCACAAAAACAGAUACAUCAACAUUGUGGCCUAUGAUCACAGUCGUGUCAAAUUACGAGCCUUGCCUGGGAAAGACUCCAAACACAGUGACUACAUCAACGCCAACUAUGUGGAUGGCUACAACAAGCCCAAGGCCUACAUUGCGGCCCAGGGACCACUCAAGUCCACGUUUGAGGACUUCUGGAGGAUGGUGUGGGAGCAGAACUCUGGCAUCAUCGUCAUGAUCACCAACCUGGUGGAGAAGGGCAGGAGAAAGUGUGACCAAUACUGGCCUACAGAGAGCAGUGAGGAAUACGGCAACAUCGUAGUGACACUGAAGAGCACUAAAGUCCACGCCUGCUACACACUGCGCCGCUUCCUCAUACGGAACACCAAAGUUAAAAAGGGUCAGAAGGGGAACUCGAAAGGGAGGCUGAAUGAGCGCAUGGUGGUCCAGUACCACUACACUCAGUGGCCUGACAUGGGUGUCCCUGAGUACACCCUGCCUGUCCUCACCUUCAUCAGCCGCUCCUCUGCUUGUCAUACCCCAGACAUGGGCCCCGUCCUGGUGCACUGCAGUGCUGGCGUUGGUCGGACAGGGACGUACAUUGUCAUAGACAGCAUGCUGCAGCAGAUCAAGGACAAGAGCACCGUCAACAUCCUGGGGUUCCUCAAACACAUCCGCACACAACGCAACUACCUGGUGCAGACUGAGGAACAGUAUGUCUUCAUCCAUGACGCCCUGAUGGAGGCCAUACUGGGCAGGGAGACAGAGGUUCCCGCCUGGCAGCUCCAUGGUUACGUCAACAGCAUCCUCAUGCCCAGCUUGGGUGGACGCACCCACCUGGAGAAGCAGUUCAGGCUCCUGACCCAGUGCAACGCCAGGUUUGUGGAGUGCUUCAGCGCCCAGAAGGACUGCAACAAGGAGAAGAACCGCAACUCGUCUGUGGUGCCCUCUGAGCGAGCCCGGGUAGGAUUAGCCCCUCUCCCUGGCAUGAAAGGAACUGAUUACAUCAAUGCCUCAUACAUCAUGGGUUACUACAGGAGUAAUGAGUUCAUCAUUACCCAGCAUCCUUUGCCCCACACCACCACAGACUUCUGGAGGAUGAUCUGGGACCACAACGCCCAGAUCAUCAUCAUGCUGCCUGACAACCAGGGUCUGGCAGAGGAUGAGUUUGUGUACUGGCCUAGUCGAGAGGAGGCCAUGAACUGCAUAGCCUUCACCGUAACCCUCAUCAGUAAAGACAGACUGUGUCUCUCCAACGAGGAGCAGAUCAUCAUCCACGACUUCAUCCUGGAGGCCACACAGGAUGACUAUGUCCUGGAGGUGAGACAUUUCCAGUGCCCCAAGUGGCCAAAUCCAGACGCCCCCCUAAGCAGCACCUUUGAGCUCAUCAACGUCAUCAAGGAGGAGGCUAUGACUCGAGAUGGCCCCACCAUAGUGCAUGAUGAGUACGGGGCCGUGUCGGCGGGGACUCUGUGCGCCCUCACCACCCUGUCUCAGCAGCUGGAGAGCGAGGGGGCGGUGGACGUCUAUCAGGUGGCCAAGAUGAUCAACCUCAUGAGGCCUGGUGUCUUCACUGACCUGGAGCAGUACCAGUACCUUUACCAGGCCAUGCUGAGCCUGAUCAGCUCCAGAGACAGUGGCCUAAGCCCCAUGUACAUGGACACUAACGGACUGGUGAUCAUGGAUGAGUCUGACCCCACAGAGAGCAUGGAGUCGCUCGUCUGACAAAACACUCACCUCCACACGCACUUAAUUUGUACUAUUUCAAGAACUUUGGAAGACUUUCCUGAGGCCUUUUUCCGCCAGAAUCUUGGUUAAAUGAAUUAACCUUAUAACUUUUUUUACUGAUAAAAACGUUUUUGAUAUUUAUUUUUUGUCUUUGAUUUUGUUUUAAUGUUAUCCUGCUGAGCGGUUGCACCUGUUGUUUAAGUUGAUAUAAUGAGAAAGCAGCUGUGUCCGGUUUGCACUAUACUGUCAGUGUUACUGCCUAAAUCCACUUAGUGAUGAUUCACAGAGAGUAGCUGAACCGUGGCUCAACACUAAAUUGGACUGCAUCAAAGGAGAACUGACGUGUCAACUUACUCACACCUCACUCCAGCUGAUCCAGUUCCAAUGUCUUAACAUAGCCCAUCCCUCCAAACAUAUCCCAACUCAGCCUAGCAUGCAUCACAGAACGGUCAACUGGUCAAAAUGCCUGCUCAUCAACAGCCCACCAAAUGGAAUAAACAUUAAUGCCUGUAGAAAUAUGUUGUUACUUGCAUAUUAUAACUAUAUUACCCAAAUAUAUAAUUUCUUUUUUGUAAAACCCUUAUACUAUGUUUUGUUGAAGUGGUAUUACAUCUACUGUGAACAUUUAUUGCUUUAUAUGAAGAUUUAUUAUUGUUUUGUAUUGUAUAUGACUAUCUUGAUCACAGUAAAAAAAGGUUUUGUAUACUUCUGUAAUUUCGCAUUCUGUGGCUCCUGCUUGGAGUUUAUUUUGACUGAAUGAUUGACUGUAGCUACCUACAAGACUAUUGUUACCUCUGCUCUCAUUGUUUGUUUGAACAGGAUGUACUAACACAAUAGGUUACUCUGUCAAACAGGUUUGAUCUAGUUUGGCCUAUUUAUGUAUUUACUUCAUUUAAGCAGGGACACGCUUUAUUUGUAACCAAAGACAUGGUUAAAAAUGUGUCCAAAAAAGUGUCUAGAUACAUUUCAGUGAAAACAAUGUAUGCUUUCUUUACCUUGUCAGAUCUAGAUGCAGACUUUGUGAGCUUCAAGUGGGCUGAGAUCAUGUUUGUUCCCUCCCCUAGCAUACGAAUACACUCACCUAGAAUUAUGCAACAUCUCUCUUUUGGCUUCAGUACUCCCUCUCAUAUCCGCUUCUUUAUCAAAGAGCAGUUUGUUAAAUGAGGUCAAACUCUCCAAUAUUUGGAGAAACACUUUGACUUAUUGUCAUUUAUUAUCACACUAGGAAACUGUAAUAAUUAAAAGUUCCAUAAUAAAUGUAUGCAUUUUAGUGUGUUUUUAAGUCAUGUAAAUAUUUUGGUUAAUAAACAAGCUUUUAUUUGUUGUCAUAUAACUUUAUAUUUUCAUAGAGAUUUUUUUUCCCUCUUCGUAAAGAGCCUCUCCUGAUUUAAUUCACAUUCCAAGAACCAGAACAUGUUUGCAGUUAGUUUUUUGUGCAAACAUACUGUAUACUUCUCUCCUCACAUCUGAAUCUAAUUUUGUGACCAGUGUGCACUAAAGUUAUUUAAUCACUGAAUAGGUUUGCUUCAUCCAUUUUGGCAAGGUUGGCAGUUGUUCUACUUUGUAUCUUGCAUUGAACAUUUUUAUGAUUUUGUCCAUUUAUUAUAUCCAAUCAUUAUAUGAUAGUAUCAUAGGACAAAUAUCACGAUGAUACUGUCAUAUGAUGGUGUUAUAGUCUAAUAGUGCUAUUUAAUAAGUAAAUUGUAUUGCUUUACAUUAAAUAAAGUAUGGGUUUUGAUGUAG